UUGCUUAUAAGGAGGCCCUUGGGGUCCUUCCUCAUCAUCAAGGGAGCUGAAGAGAAUUUGAGCACCUUCCUAGACAACAAGAGCACACAUGAUGUUCUAAUUGAGGAUGCCUUGGAAUUCAAGUAUACCGAACAGCGCAAGAAGCUAACCAGUGAAAAAAGAUGUAUCAGCACCAGCCUCAUCAAGGAAACAACAGCCUCCUAUCUUCUGUGACAACAUUUUCCCCAGAGAGGCAUUUGUUUCUACAAAGAGGAAGUGCUUCAGAAGAUUCAGGCUUAGUUCUCUCAACCGACGUAAAGCCUCGGCUUAAAUGGAAUGCAGAGCUCCACAAGAGGUUUAUAGAAGCAGUGAACCAACUCGGAGGAGCCGACAAGGCUACUCCAAAAACAAUCAUGAGAGUAAUGGGGAUUCCAGGACUAACUUUGUACCAUCUAAAAAGUCAUCUUCAGAAGUACAGACUUGGCAAAAACACUCAAAUAAUUAAUGGAAGCAACAAAAAUGCAGUGAUUGGCAGUGCACUAGUACAAGAGAGGGCACCGGAGAACAACGAAUCUUUGAUGAACAUUGCAGCGCCAUCGAACAAAUCCAUGCAGAUAGAUGAGGCACUGAAAAUGCAAAUUGAAGUACAGAGGCAGUUACAUGAACAAGUUGAGGUGCAACGACAUUUGCAAUUGCGGAUCGAGGCUCAAGGAAAAUAUUUGCAGUCAGUGCUGGAGAAGGCCCAGGAGACAAUCACAAACCGAAACCUCUCUGAUCUGGCCUCUACAGUCUCGAAUGGAUAUUUCAGUAACUCGGUUCGAGUAGGUCCUUGCUUAGCCUCAUCCGACGGACUACAAAAGGAGAAAGAGGCACUUGCUACUAGAAUGGCAUUAAGACCAUAUCAUCAAGAUUUUCCUCUAUCAUCAUGGUACAGUGAUUUGAAUGAGCAUGAGCAGAAGAAGCCUUUUACUGCAUCAAUGCUAAGGGAUUCAGACAUUGCGCAAUCGAGUGCUAGACCUCGAUGCAAAGAUGAAGCUGAGGUAGAGAAAGAGGAAAGUGAUGAAGAAAAAUUUCUUGAACACCCAAAAAGCAAGAGACCAACUCUGGAUCAAGGUAGUAAAAAGCAAUUAGAAGAGUUUGGGUUGCCAUGUCUUAAAACUGAACUAGAACUAAACAUCCAUCAUGGUAGUGAGGGUUCAUCAAGUUGUAAAGAACUGGACCUGAAUGAUUUCAGAUGGAGUUGAUAAAAAAAGAGAGAAAGAGAGAGAGAUUUAAGGAAGCUUACCAAAUAAAUUAUUGACUCAAAAAGAUUACUGCUAAGAUGAAGCUGAAAAUAAAACAUUAUGUUGCCAAAAGCAUUCAAGAUAGCAUACAGAAUUAUGA